CUAGUGAUAUAGGCCUCGAAUAGAACUGAGUGACGUGUCUUUCAAAUUUUUCAUAUUUAUACCUUUGAAAACUACUUGACAAAGGCUUCAGCACUAACUUGUCCAUUCCCACAGCCCAAGUGUCAACCUCUUACAUACAUCGCCUUGCUGCCAUAAUCAAGCAUUUAAGAAGAACACACCUUUGCAAGCAAACAAGAAGUUGAAUCAAAUCUCCAGCUAAGGAAAUGUUGUCCCAUUAUUUGACAACUUCCAAAAAUCAUCUUGAGAUGGAGCCCAAAAGACCAAAAACAAGGCAAAGGGUCCUCUCUUGUCUUAGUCUAAACAGAUAAUAAGCCAAAGGAUGAACAUUCCAGUGAAGAAUCAGAACAGAAUAUCAUCAGAGGAUUGUCACCAAUCCAUCUAUAAUUGAUUUCACUUGUACAUCGACCAGGUUUUAUUCUCAAUAAAUUCAUAAAUGGUUUCAUCAUUCAUAGUUCAUUGCUGCCUCGACCUGCCACAGUCUUCCUCCUUCAUGAUUUAGACCUAUAGAUUUAUAUUUCCUUGUUUAAAAUUGUUAUGAUCUAAAUUUCACCACUAGAACUAUUAAAAAUGUGUCCAGAUUGCAAACCUUAACUACAGCAUUUAUCUCAUGGGCCAUGGCAUAUUCGGUAAGGUAGAUUUCAUCAUCCCAUUAGGUCCUGUCUAAUUCUAGUUACCGUUAUAAAUGUUAUUACCUCCUGGUGACAAAAAAUGAUUGCUUUAUGAGGAUGAAGACAUCACCGGCCAAAAAGGACAGAAAGAAAGGGGUUACCUUCUAAAACCCUAAUCCAAUAAAACCUUAUACAAUAUGCCAAAACACAGUUGGAUUCACUGCAAUAAUUCACAUGGAGUGGUGGUAUUGGUUGAUGAAGACAGAGAAUUAAAGGUAUUCUUACCAAAGAGGGCCUCUUCUGCUCAUUUGAAAUCAUUGAUCCUAUACAUUCUUUGUCAUUUAUAGAGUGGGGCUCAUCUGUAUUCCCAUUUCAAAAGCUUCUUUAUAUUUAUGAGAUAGACAGCUGAAUAAACAAGAUGGUAGUUCCAAGCAUCUUCAAUAUAAAAACAACUUAAUUCUGUUUACUAAUAGGAUUAAUUUGCCUGUAAAGUGUCUUCUAGUAAUAAGGGCAAAGUUUUAUGGGGGCUGCUGACAGCUAAUCACUACUUUUUUCCUGCAAUAAUGAAGUUUUAGCAAGAAUGGAUUCCUCUAAAAUAGAUGAAGACAAUGAAGACUGUAGCAGUAACGAGUCCGGGUGGACAACUUAUAUUGCUUCACCAGAACAUGAUGAUGAUGAUGAAGACGAUGCUGAAGAUGAAGAUCGUACCAUUGAUAGAAAAGCUGAUGCUCAUGAUUCUGAAGAGGGUGAAAGUGAUGACUCUAUGGCUUCUGAUGCCUCCUCCGGCCCGAGUCUUCAAGAAUGGUCAACUGGAAAGUUUGGAGGAAGCUAUGCAGCAAACAAAGAUCACAGAAAAUGGUUUGGUAAGAAACAUCACCAACACGAAGAGAAGAAAACAUAUAAGGAGGAAAUAGAAGCAGCAAAAAUCAAGCCAGGACAAAGGGCAAACAGUGCUGGCAGAUCCAAGAAAAAAUAACGAGGCAUAUAUAUAUAUGAAACAAAAAUUAUCCUCCAAACAUUCUGCCUAAAUCUAUUCUAGCCCUAUAAGGUAUUUCCAUGAAUGCUAAAGUUCUAAAUAGAAUUUGUAGUAUUCGAUUUCCAAUUCAAUGCAAUAUCAUGAAACAGAUUCAGCCAAGUUUUCUCUCUUGAUUCAUCACACAAAUCUCAGUUCACAGAGUUCAGUUCUAUGUCGUGAACAUAAAUAUUACUCAAGGACUUAAAUUUUCUCUCAUCCGCUAAAUUUUUUCAAGGCUGUUAUAUGAUCAAGAAAACCCUUCAAUGUUC